CAGAGCCCCAACAGGGAACUUUUUUUCCCCACAACCAUGACGACUGAGACCUCCAAGCAACAUUUGGAUCCAUCUAAUCCUCGCUCCAGUCCAGCGGUGGCUGCUUUGAACGCCGCACAGCCAGUGAUGGAGAGCGCGCACACCGCAUCACCCAAAUGGAAAAAGGGAAACUCCGGCUUGAGGCGUCCGGAAAAGCCCCCUUACUCGUAUAUCGCCCUCAUUGUCAUGGCAAUUCAAAGCUCGCCGACCAAAAGACUAACGUUGAGUGAAAUCUAUCAGUUCCUGCAGACUCGCUUUUCUUUCUUCAGGGGAGCAUACCAGGGAUGGAAAAACUCCGUCAGACACAACCUGUCUCUGAACGAGUGUUUUAUAAAGCUGCCCAAGGGUCUCGGCAGACCUGGCAAAGGGCACUACUGGACCAUCGACCCCAGUAGUGAGUUCAUGUUCGAGGAGGGCUCCUUCCGUCGCAGACCUCGGGGGUUCCGUCGGAAAUGCCAAGCUAUGAAGCCGAUGUACAGGAUGAUGAAUGGUGUCGGGUUCGGCGCGACCAUGCUGCCGCAAAACUUUGAUUUCCAACCACCUCCAGGCUCAAUAGGGUGCCACAACAGCUAUAACAUAGACCUGAUGGGCAAUACAGUGCCAGCUGGCUUCGAGGGCCUCGGAGGAGGACAUCACGCCUCACACAUGUCAUCAGGCUCCGGCUCAUCGCACAUGGCCGCAUGUCAGGUGGCCUCUAACGUGGACUAUUGCCCGGACAGCAGCAGCAGCCCCCUGCAGUGCUCCCCAGCGAUGGUAGGCACGUUGGACUGUCAGUCUCCUUAUGCAAAUGCGGCCUCGCACUGGAGUUCUCCUGGUGUGUCCUCGUACAUCAAACAGCCGUCACUGGCAACAGGCAGUCCCACGUCUUCUGCGCUGCACUCGGGGAUGUCCUCUUACUCUCUGGACCAAGGCUAUCUGCACCACAAUGCACGAGAUUCCUCAGAGAUCUCAGUGGGUCUGUCUCGAUACUCCGGCCACUCAGCUCCCGCGUGCGACCGGAAGGACUUCGUGUUGAACCUCUCUUCCCUGCACCCCAGCACCGGCGGAUCGUACUAUCACCAGCUCCAUCACCACCACCAAAAUGUCUAUCAAGACGUGAAGCCAUGUGUCAUGUGACAUAAUAACCAA